AUCCAUUUUAAGAUGAACGAAGAUGGUAAAAAAACUGCAGAAACUUCUCAUAGUUGUCAGCUGGAUAAUAAUUCGAAUUCUUUAUCACAAUCAUCGUCAACUGGAGAUGAUGUCAGUGCUUUAAUUGAUUCGUUAACUUCCACAACAUCUGACCCAGUUUUAGAUGUCGAUUCGAUCAAUUAUUUGCUGCAGCAGACAAGCCAAUCGAUUCAGGAAAGAGAAAGAACUUCCAAAAUACCCCUAUCUAAUUUCGCUCCCCUGACUGUUCACGAAACACAUGCACAUCUUCCAUCAAGUGCACCUCGUAGACAUCCAAGAAGUCCAGCUCAUGCAACGGCUAAAACUGCAAGAAACACUGAAACUGCAUUAAAAAUGGAUCCAAAUUUACCCGUUCCAAAUUCUGAAGAUUCUCUUAAAAUUCAGAGGAUAUCAGACGAAUUAAGUCAAUACCGCUAUGAAAAUGCACUCCUGAAAACAGAGCUGGCCCAUGAAGUUGAACUGAGGAGGCAGGAGGCUGAAGAGUUUGAAAGCAGACACAGAAUUGAUAUUCGGACAGUGGAACAAGAGAGAGAUGAAGCUGUAGCUGAACUUCAGAAAAUAAAAGCAUCUACAACUGUCACUGAGAGCAAAUUGUACCAGAACAAUGUUCAGCUGAAUCAGCAACUCCAGUGUGAGCUGGAAAAACGACGUCGAGCUGAAGCUCAUGCCACUCAGGAAAUUUCUCAUGCUACAGAGCUCGCUCAGAGCAAAGCAAACGCUGGAGCUGCUCAAGAAGAAGUAGAGAGGUUACAGCAGGAGCUGAAUGACGCCAAGCUGGAGAUUGACAAGCUCCGAGUCUCGCAUCGCGAUCAAAUUUCUUUGCAGAGGCAAGUUGAGAACGAGCAGAUGCAGUGCAGGCAGAAGGUGCAAGCAGCACAGGAGGAGGUCUUGCAGCUGCAGGAUGAACUGCAUCGUCAGACUCAGCUGCAUCGCUCCAGACUGGAUGAAGUUCAUGAGCAGCUGGCGCUGGCAGAGGAGCGCUUGCUGACAUCGCAGCAGAAUGUCAGCACCCGGGAAACUGAUCUGCUGAGUCAGCUCAAUGCCGUCAGGGACGAGAAAGAAGAAGCUGAUCGUCAAAUUAUAAACCUUAAAGAGCAGCUCAUUAACAUGCCACAGGGCAGUGCGAGUAACACUGGGGGAGCCACCAGCCUCGCUACAGCCCCUCCGACGUUGUUAACGCGUCAGGUGGAACAACUUACUGACCACCUACACCGCCUACAGACCGAACACAUCACGCUGCAGCUGGCGGAGAGAGAGCACGCUGACACAGUAGCUGAGCUGAAGUCAGCACAAGAUCAGCUGAUGUCCCUGAAGAGGCAGCUGGCUCAGCUGAAGAGUUCUGGAGCUGAGCAGGCAACGACCAUCACGCAGCUCAGAGCUGAACUUCUUUCCUGUCAGAACCAAGCCUCUCAGGACCGCAGUGCUCACGAGGCAACAGAGGAGAGUCUCUCGAGACAGCUGCGCCAUUUACGAGUCGAGGCUGAGACGCGUAUGUCUCGCUUCAACGAAGAGACAGCUAAUUUCAGAAGCCGCAUCCAGUGUCUCGAAGGCCGCCUCAAGGAGCGAGACAGAAGAUAUCACACCGAGACAAAAGCUCUCCAAUGCAAGUCCCGGAAGUAUGGAUCGUUAAUCCACAAGCUACGUCACCGUCUGCAGGCAAGUCAGCUGCAGCAGGAGCAGCUGCAGGCGCGGCAGGAGGCGCUACAGCUGAACUGGGUUGACCCUGAGCAGUUCACGCAGCUGCGGCAGGAGCUUGCGCUGCUGCUCAGAAAGCACUCAGAGUUCAGAGCUUACAUCAGGGGCGUGCAGGGCGGCCGGGGCUCCGACGAGGAUGGUGGCGGUGACUUUAAGACAAGUUACGAGGUCAGUUACAACGACCAAGUCCUCAUUGCGGACCAUGAAGAUGUAAACUCCAAAGAACCUGACCAAGCUGUAACUCAUUCCGAAGAUCAUGAUGAAGAUGUAAACCUCAAACAACAUGACCAAGUUGGAACUUAUUCUGACGACCCUUUCGACCAUUCGUCAGAAGCUGAUGAAAUUUCGGAAGAUAUUUUGGAUGAAGAGCGCAGCGACAGCGCUGAGUCUGCAGCCUAG